AGAUGAGGGAUGAGACUCAGCAGCUGUCUCACCUGCCUGGGACACAGGUGCCAGCUACACGGGAAGGAAAAGAUGAAGGAAAUGAAGUUGAAAGCAGCAGUUGCCAAGUUAGUAGCAGAGCUGUGCACAGCGGCCCCGGCGUGCAGGGCUCGGCCUCCGCCAUGUCGGGCUCGUUCGAGCUCUCGGUGCAGGAUCUCAACGACCUGCUUUCGGACGGCAGCGGAUGCUACAGCCUCCCGAGCCAGCCCUGCAACGAGGUCGCCCCCAGGAUCUACGUGGGCAACGCGUCUGUGGCUCAAGACAUCCCCAAGCUGCAGAAAAUAGGCAUCACUCACGUCCUGAAUGCUGCUGAAGGCAGGUCCUUCAUGCAUGUCAACACCAAUGCCAGCUUCUACAAGGACUCUGGCAUCACCUACCUGGGCAUCAAGGCCAACGACACACAGGACUUCAAUCUUGGUGCCUACUUUGAAAAGGCUGCAGAUUUCAUCGACCAGGCCUUGGCACAUAAGAAUGGUCGGGUGCUUGUCCACUGCCGUGAAGGAUACAGCCGCUCCCCAACUCUCGUUAUCGCGUACCUCAUGCUGCGCCAGAAGAUGGAUGUCAAGUCAGCCCUGAGCCUUGUGAGACAGAACCGUGAGAUUGGCCCCAACGAUGGUUUCCUGACCCAGCUCUGCCAACUCAAUGACAGACUUGUCAAGGAGGGGAAAUUGAAACUCUAGGGAACUCCUUACCCCAUUGCAUCUUCUUUAGAGCUCACAUGGGGAGAGGCCCUGGUUGAGGAUUCCCAAACCGCCAUAUUUAGGAAACACUGCACUCUGCUCCCAGCAUCACCAUCACCAGAUACUUGCCAAAAGUCUGUCCCCACACAGCCCUGGGACACUCCCCCCCCCCCCCCCCCCCCCCCCCCCCCGGGGAGCAUAUAAAGAAGCUUUCUAAGGACAUCAUCCUUUGCUCCUUGGUGUAUCCUUUGCCUGUAGCCUGUGAUGGCCUCUCCCUGAGGCGGGGGCGGUACAGGGGAGGAAGACCUAUAAUAUGCAUGCCUGUUCAGUGGCCUGGGGCAGAAGGACUGUGGAAGUGUAAGGCCCAAGAUGCCUACAGGGACUCCUGAUCUCCUGCCACUCCUUAGUCCACCUUUCACCUCUGGGUCCUCUCCUAAGAGGGGAGCACAGCACCUGAGCCCUGUCAAGGAACUAUGCAAACACAGCCCUUCUCUACCCACCAUGUCUGUCCCUCCUCUGAGCUGUCCACACCCAGCUCUUAGGCAGAAGCUCAUCAUAAGUUCUGAAGCUGGUGUGGGGAUAUCAUCAGCUGUUUGGUGGAAAUUUUCAUGAUGAAACCUCAUUUUCAUGAUUUCUGUAGGAUUGGGAGUAUCCCAACAAAGGCUCCUAGAGUGGGCAAACAAACAAAUUCUUUUAGAGGACUCUCAAAUCAUGUUUUUAAAUUGUGAACAUUUAGGAGACCUGGGUAUAGAAUCCACUGGACUAUGUCCCUUGGACUGCUCUCAGCCACUUCAUUUGUGAGAAGAGAGGUGCCUUGGGCAUGGCUUUCUUUUCUUUUUUUAGAAAACAGGGUGUUGAAGUCCAGCCUAUUUUAAAAAAACCCACCAUUUGGAGAAUUACAAGGGUUUUGUCCUGAAUGAUAGUGUUGGCGAGCCCAAGCCACUCGUGCUAACUACUUUUUGUCUCGGUUGCUAUUCCAAGAACAGAAGGCGGAAGUUGGCUAAUUACAGUGGGUGUAUGUGUGUUUGGGGCUGUAUCUCAGAAACACAGCCAGAGGACAAGCAGGGAGACAAAUGAUGCCAGGCUUACACCUUGCCCACUUACAGGUAGUCCUUACGGCUCCCUGGUGCCAGAAAAGAUCCUGAGGUUUGGAAGCAAACGUGACUGGACAGGCAGUGACGAAACAUGGCAGGGCACCCACACAAGUCCCUUAUUGGUGGCAAAACAGACCAACUGACUGACAGACAAGAAACCACCAUUUUUAAGACUUUUCCCCAUGAUGCCAGAAUGAAUUAGCACUCAUACUCCCAGGUCAGCACUCAUUUGUUAGAGUCUCAUUUUGUUUUUGAAUACAUUCUGCUUAGAACAUUGCAUGACUGUCAUCUUUGGAUUCCUAUAUUGGCAAAGAGGAGGUUCUCAGCCAUGCUUUCCAGACAUUUAGUACAUAGAUGUCUGAUCAAGGUUUAUAAAUUCCUUUUUUCUUUGUUGAGCACCAAAUAGAUGUCAGGCAUAGUUCUGGCAGGCCUGUUGGGGCUCCCAGAAGCCUAUAUUCAUGGUAGGAUGACUUGCAAGGAUUUGCAAAAGUGUCUUGCCUAAAAUGAAAUAUCAGGGACUCUUUGUGGAAUAUUUGAAAUGCAGGUUUAAAUUUACAGCCAGGCAGUAUUAGCGUGUUGCGGUGGGUAAUGUGCCUUUUUAGAGUUGCCCAGGCACUUCUGCUAGGACAGGAGACAUGGCUGCCCCUCAGGCCUCCCUCACAGGGAUAGCUGUCUCUGGUGGCAGCAGGAAGCAUGCUGAGAAGCCCAAGUGUGGCACAUUCUCUAGCCACAGCAGCCUCAAACAACUGGGCUGCCUGGACAACCCCACCUGCGUGCAGUGGUCAUCCGCUGGACCGUUGUACCUCACAGUUUCCCAGACAUCCCCUUAUCCCUCUUAUAGCUCCCCCCCACCCCCAACUUGAUGCUCACAAUGACCCUAUAAUGUUGGCAGAAUAGAUGAAUAUAUUUUGUUAGCUUGUUUAAAAAAAAGAAAAAAAGGAAAGGAAAUGCAGAUCAACAUAAGUAGGGUUUUUUUAGGGUCAGUUGACUCUUAAGGCAUAGUUGAAGCAAUUUUACACUCCUCAAGAAAUCAGGCCCCCAGGAGGGUCCCAAGCACAUGGCCUGGACUCACUCUGUGUGUACAGAGGUCAAUCAGCUCUGUGGUGCUGGGGCUGGGGUUGGGGGAGGUCUGGAUGAGGAAGUGUCAACAUGAAUUCUACUCUGUUCCUGGAGGAAGAGGUAAAAAGUAGCUCCCCAGUUGGGUUGGACUAUGUGGUUCCUCUUUCAGGAAACGUGUGUGUUUCCGCCUCUGUGUGAGCUUCUGCUUAGCUUCUGGGAGCUGAGGAGCUAGGACUGGGGCUCCUCUCCUGCUCCCCACAGGGUGCUGCAAUUCUUUCUGCCAACAUAGGAGGGUGGUGCAGCCAGCUUAGUAGGAACCCAUUGAGGGCAAUGUGAGGGUAGGAGGAAGAAAAGACCAUAGAGGGAUAUUACUGCCUUUCCUUUGAGGCUACUCUACUAGUAGCUAAGGGGAUUACUGAUUACAGAUUACAGUCCCAGAAACUCCCUGUUUCACAAGAUUCAGCUUAUUCUUUGAGUAAAAUCAAAUUCUAUUGAGAGCCAACAUGUGCCCAGCUGUGAGUGAAGCUGUUCUUGAACAACUUUCUCCCUUGGGAAGUGAUGGAAUAGGAUCUCAGGGUACACCCCUCCCACCUUCCCUCCCUCUCUACACCUCACCUCUUUCUUUGACUAGCAGAGCAGGGUUAGUCAAAAAGACAACACCAGACAGUCCUCUCAAUUCUAAAGCAGCAGCCCUCACAAGCAGUUAGUUCUGUUUUGCUGCCACUGAUUUAUCUGGGCAGCAGCAGUCAUCACUCACCAAAUGAGAGGAAUCAUCUAGAAGAUCCCUCGCCUCCCUUUCGGCUGGUACUAGGUUCACUAGGAAUCCCCACUUGGAAUUUACCACCAGCCAGAAAUGAUAGGAUAAUAAUGCUAUGACCAGCAGGUGGCACUGCGGUUGACAAGGAGUGUUGAUGUUUUUUGGGUCACAAGUUAAUGAUAAGAUGCAAGUUAAUGCUAAGAUGCUAAGGCUUUAAUCAAAAUAAGCACUGGUCUUAUAAUAGGACAAUAAAGACUCUUUAUGUGGAAAGUUUUGGUUUUUUUUGUCAUAAAGUGGUAAAAGGAAUCACUGAAGAGUCAACAAUGAUUUCCACGUCAAGAUCUUGUUCUGAUUGGAUACAGGGUCCAUCUCUAGUUGGCAGAAAAGGUUGGUUGGAAGUCUAUCAGCUUUUUAGGAUCAUUUGAUUGUGAACUUGUGUAUUUUAUAAACAAGAGAAGGUAUUGAAUGACUAAAAAAAAAGUUUAAUGUCUGCUGUCUCACAAGUCAGUGUUAAAGCACUAAAACUGUAACCAAAAUAAAGGUCUUACAAGACAAAGAAAUUGUC